GCUUCCUUCAAGACAGCUCACACAGUGCCUAGCCACAGUGCCUCUCAGCUCAGCGAGGGCUGCAUCCUGCCAGGCCCUCACCGCUGCCCCCCAUGUCCUGACAUGCCCAGUGGUGCCGGCCUUGGACCGCCAGCACGUACCCGAGGAUGGACCAGCAAGUGCAGGCUUUGAGGGGCUUCCUGGCCCGGUUGAGCAGCAAGGAGGCGGAGACCGAGGACGCUGAGGGGGGCUUCGCCGGGGAGUUCGCCAGACUGAAGAGGCAGUCUACCAAAUACCGCACCGAGAAGAUCUUCCCCAUGAAGGCUGCAGAGAAGCAGAGCAACGUAAAGAAGAACAGAUACAAGGACAUCGUGCCCUUUGACCACACUAGGGUGAAGCUUUCCCUUAGCAUCUCAGACAGUGACACUGACUACAUCAAUGCCAACUUCAUCAAGGGUGUGUUUAAGCAGAGGGCCUACAUUGCCACACAGGGACCCCUUCCCCACACCGUGCUGGACUUCUGGAGGAUGAUCUGGGAAUACAAAGUGGAGAUCAUUGUUAUGGCCUGCCGGGAGUUUGAGAUGGGCAGGAAAAAGUGCGAGCGCUACUGGCCAGAGAGGAAGGAGGAGCCGUUUGUCUGCAGCCCCUUCACCGUUCAAUGCGAAUCAGUGGAAAGUAGAGGGGACUACUUAACAAGGGUUUUAAAGGUGACUUUUCGUGAUUCAUCACGGACUCUCAAGCAACUGCACUACGUGAACUGGCCGGACCAUGGGGUGCCAGACUCCAUUCCCCCAAUCCUGGAGUUGAUCCAGGAGAUGCGUUCAUACCAGGAGCACGAUGACAUUCCCAUCUGCAUCCACUGCAGUGCUGGCUGUGGUAGGACGGGGGCGCUGUGCGUCAUUGACUACACCUGGAAAAUGAUGAGGAACCAGAUGAUCACUGAGAACUUCAGCAUCUUCGAGCUGGUCCAGGAUAUGCGGACACAAAGGCCCUCAGUGGUUCAAACCAAGGAGCAGUAUGAGCUUGUCUACAGGACCAUUAAGUUCUUGUUCAAGACGUACCUCCAGACAAUCACCAACCAAUCAAGAGCAGUUGAGGAACCAGCAGCCCCCUCAUUCAGCCCAGCAUCCAGUGAGAGUGACCUCACCACCUCCUGCUGUGAGGUGUCUGACCUGGAGCCAGAGGAGGAACUACAGUCUGAGGAACAGCCCAGGCACAUGAAAGUGGAGUGGCUGACAGAGCAGCCCAAUCAUGCAUCAGCAGGGGUCGUUUCUUCAGUCUUUCCCCACCCUGCAAUGGAGGAGAACAGCGGCCGGAGUCCAAUGUCUCAGGCGUCCAUGCUGUCCAGUGAGGACAUCCUGAACUCUCUGAUGGAAGGAGCCGGACAGUGGGGAGCGCGGGAGGAGGACGCCCAGCUGAAGAAGCAGGGCGGCCCGGACCUCCACAGGGCACGGACAGCUGAGCCCAUCCCUCACAGCUCACCCAAUCCCACACUCAACCAGGCGGACACGCCCACGCAGAAAUCCAGGAUGGUGGCUUGGAACGGCCUGCAGGAAGACGAUGAGGCUCUGCUGGAGCCAGACAUGCACCCCGACAGCACGGUGUGCCGGGAUCCAUUCUGUUUCUCAGUGGAGGAUCCCUACUUCAGUCCCCAACCUCCUCGCAUCUCUCAAACCCCAGUGGACUCAUUGGAUGAGCUGUGCAGCUGGACCACCAACCCCUGCUUCAACAGCCCUGUGCUGGCCCUCAACGAUCAGCCAAUGACACUGUCCCAGCUGGGGACCCAGGGCCCAGUCCCAUCUUCCUCUGGUGAAGACAGCCCCCCACCACUACCUGAGCGAACCCCUGAAUCUUACAUCCUGGCUACCAGUCCAGAGAUCUCUGAUGUCAAAGAGAAGCUAGCAGUCACUGUUCCACCAGUAACUCCCGAGACCCUCGCUGGAAACAGUAGCCCCCCCUCUCCAGUGCCCCCGCUCCCUGAGAGAACCCCAGAGUCUUUCAUCAUGGCCACUGAUGAGGCAGAUCUGGUAAGAGGCGUGGUCCAGGACGCACCCCUUGCCGACAGAGCCAAAAUUGGGACAUCCUCAGAGUGGUGCGGGUCCUCAGAGCCACCCCCACCGGAACCAAAAAAACCCUGGACCCGGAGCAAGAGCUUAAGAGUCAGGAUGUCGCUGCUGGUGUCUCCCUUGACUUUUCUGGUUCCUGCCCCUGCUCAGUCAGAGCCAACUGCCCCUCCUCAUCCUCCAGAUCCUCUUCCUCCUCCAGCCAAAACAGAACCCACUGGGUCUGUCACACCACCUCUGCCAGAGAGAACCCCAGAGUCAUUUGUCCUGGUCACUGAUGAAGCUCCAAGGCCUCACGAUGGUGCCCCCGGCCCCCAGCCCAGCCGACAGCAGUCCCAGAGAAUUGGCACAUCGUUGGAGUGGGCGGGUAACACACAGCCCAGGAGCUUCUUGGAUGUGGUGAUGAAUCGGAGCAAGAGUGUUCGAGCCAAAAGUUCAAAGCAAGACCGUCUGUCCGUGGCAGCCCCUGGCAACAUGGCUCCUGCGCCUGGAGGAGACGCUGUGGCUCCAGCUCCAGUGGAGGUGCUUGUGGAUGGCGGGACGCCUGCUGCCGCUGGUUCGUCUGAGGAGAGACCACAGAACAGCAGCGGGAGGAACUCUCAGCAGAGCAUGGCCAGGACUAAGAGCCUGAAGUUUCUCAAAUACAUUCGGAAACCUAAAGGGGACCCCCCUCUGGCCCCCACCCCCUCAGGACCUCCUCCUCCUUACACCACCACCCCCGGAUUCAAAAUCAGCUUUGGGAAUCGUUUUGGGAAGCCCAAGGGCCCAAGGAGACACCCGGAGACGUGGGUGUGAGGGCAGGCCUCAGGGAGCCUCCACUCCCCUGUGGAAACAGGGCCUGGUCCCCCAACUGGCACCACUCUGCCUCAUUUUCAGCUCCUCCACCGGAUUAUCCAUCUACUGAAAGCGCAGUCGUCUUCUGCACGCACGGAAAACCAUGCAGCAAUGUGACUAUUCACUCAGGAUGUGAACACAAUCUUUCUGUUGUGGUCUGGCUGUGAGGUUCCAGUGUUGGUUCUGUUCUGCUGGACUGUCGACCAAUCAAGCGUGUCUAGCAUUCUGCAACAGGAAGCUGAGCUUCACAACGCAGUGACAACCAAAUGAAAUGAUGAUUGUAAACACUGUGGUUGUGCACCUCCAAUUUUGCAAAUGCAAAGAGAUGGAAGUAUUGUUUUCUUUGUUUAUCGUGUAUUUAUGACUAAAAUAGGAUGUAUAUAAAAAUGUCCUGACCAUGCACAGCCUUAGUUAUGCAAAUAAUAUUAAGAAGAGAAAGCAGGUUGUAUAGUAAAUGUUUAAUAUGUGAUUGUUCUAAGGCUGGCUACAGUCACUGUUUUUCGAGUGCAGCUGGAAAGCCAGGAUGUCUAGCUGUUGAAGAAACAGUUCUGAACUGGUCCACAAGCAUCUGAAAGGAACUACAUAUCAAAUCCCUGUAUUCUGGGACAAAGUUCAUUUAAUUCACUUAUAUUCUAUAUUGCCUCCACCCCCACAAUAAAAAAAAUAUUUUUGUUAACUCAAUGUUGUAACAAAAAUUCAACAUCUGUAUUUUUAUAUUAUACAGUAUGUUUUUUGAACAAAACACCCUUUCUAUGAAUAAAAGUCAAUU